GGAGGAGACUGAUAGCAGCUUUCCAUUAACUGCUGCUCCUAUCAACAUGUCGCCUGCUGAUAUUAAAGAGGAGGUCGCUGAAGAAAAGAAUCCUGGUGUGGACCAGCAGGAAAUGGAGCUUUUCUACAUAAAGGAGGAAAGUGAAACAAUCUGGGUCAGCCAGGAAGGAGAGACACUAAAUUUGAAGCAAGAUACUGAAGACUCCAGGUUUCUAUCAACUGUUGAUAAUAUGAAGAUUGAAGAGGAUGAAGAGAAACCUCAAUUUGCGUACUUUCAUCAACAGCUAAUAGAAGUCAGAGAUUUUCCAAUCAGUACUUCAUCUGACUAUAUAAAGGGAAAAAUUAAAGAGGGGCUCUCAAAUGUGGAUUCCAUGAACAAAGUUCUUGAAGUUGGUAGUAAAAAUGUUAAUAUGAAGAAAAAUCUAAAGAAAAUCAAAGUCCACCCCAGAGAAAAAGCCUUUGGUUGUGAUGUUUGUGUAAAAACAUUUUACAAAAAGUCAAUUUUAAAAGAACACUUAAGAACCCACAAGGGAGAAAAACCGUUUGGUUGCGAUCCCUUUCUUGAAAAUGUUUCCCAUAAGUCUGGCUUAAAUACACACAUGAGAAUCCACACAGGCGAGAAACCUUUUGGUUGUGAUACAUGUGAUAAAAGAUUUUCCAAGAAGUCUAAUUUAAAAAGACACAUGGGAAUCCACACAGGGGGACAAAAAUCUUUUAGUUGUGACGCAUGUGGGAGAAGAUUUAUGAACAGAUCACAUUUAAAAAGACACAUGGGAUACCACAUGGGAGAAAAACCUUUUAGUUGUGAUACAUGUGGUAAAAUAUUUUCCAAUAAGUCAAAUUUGAAAAGACACAUUGGAAUCCACACAGAAGAGAAACAUUUUACUUGUGAUACUUGUGAUCAAAGAUUUACCAACAGGGCAGAAUUAAAAAAACACAUGAGAAACCACAUGGAAGAAAAACCUUUUGGUUGUGUUGCAUGUGAUGAAAGAUUUACUGACAAAUCAGACUUAAAAACACACACGAUAAUCCACACAGGAGGGAAACCUUUUGUCUGUGAUGUAUGUGGGAAAAGAUUUUCUCUCAAGUCAUAUUUAAAAAUUCAUAUGAGAAUCCACACAGGAGAAAAACCUUUUGGUUGUGAUGUAUGUGGGAGAACAUUUUCCCAGAAGUCACAAUUAAAAAGACACAUGGGAAACCACAUGGGACAAAAACCUUUUGGUUGUGAUGCAUGUGGUAAGAGAUUUACAGAUAAAUCAGGCUUAAAUAGACACACGAUAAUCCACACUGGAGAGAAACCUUUUCAUUGCAAUGUGUGCAGUAAAAGAUUUACAGACAAAUCUUACUUAAAUAGACACAUGAGAAUCCACACAGGAGAGAGACCUUUUGAUUGUGAUGCUUGUGGUAAAACAUUUACCCACAAGUCAGAAUUAAAAAAACACAUGGGAAACCACAUGGAAGAAAAACCUUUUGCAUGUGAUGCAUGUGGUAAAAGAUUUGCAGAUAAGUCAGGCUUAAAUAAACACAUGAGAAUCCACAAAGGAGAGAAACCUUUUUGUUGUGAUGAAUGUGGUAAAAGGUUUAUUGACAAUUCGGACUUAAAAACACACAUGAUAAUCCACACAGGAGAGAAGGCUUUUGGUUGUGAUGCAUGUGGGAGAACAUUUUCCCUCAAGUCAUAUUUAAGAAUUCACAUGAGAAUCCACACAGGAGAAAAACCUUUUCGUUGUGAGACAUGUGGGAGAAGAUUUUCCCUUAAGUCGUAUUUAAAAACUCACAUCCGAACGCACACAGGAGAAAAACCUUUCUGUUGUGAUGCAUGCGGGAGACGAUUUUCCCAGAAGUCACAAUUAAAUAAACAUAUUGGAAGCCACAUGGGAGAAAAACCUUUUGCUUGUGAUGCAUGCAGUAAAAGAUUUAGAGAUAAGUCAGGCUUAAAUAGACACAUGAAAAUCCACACAGGAGAGAAACAUUUGGUUGUGAUGGAUGCAGUAAAAGGUUUACCAACUAGUCAGACUUAAACAUACACAAGAAUCCUCAUGGUACAGAAACCUUAUGAUUGUGACGCAUGUGGUAAAAGAUUUACCAACAAGUCAGCAUUUUAGUGCAUUCCAUUUGUCCUCGGUAGCCUGGAUUCACAACGUCCAGGUUGGAAAUUUUUAACUGGAAUGGCUCCUAAUGUCUGUAUUAGGAGUUGGAAGUAGUGUGCAAAAUUAACUUCCUGAUUCACCGGCCAAGUUGGUCGUAGAUGUAAAAAUCAACCUGCCAAGCAUAUUUUUACUCACCAAAAUAUUAAUUCUGACAGACUCCUGCUAAAUAUCUCCACAUAAUCCCACUAUGUCAUUAGCUUUAGCUAAACCAUUCACUCUAGUGCUCCAAGACUAUAAAUCAACCUUGAGAGACACAGUCCCACGUCCAAACAUACUGUGGUGGACCAGUAACCUAAUUCAGUAUCCACUGGAACAGGUGGUGGUCUACUCCUGGCCGCUCCAGCUUGUCCUUCAAGAGUUCUGUUUGGAUGGUAUUAAAUGCACUGGAGAAAUCAAAGGACAUGAUCCAUUUGGUGCACCCAGGCUUUUCCAGGUGGGACAGAGGUCGGUUUAGCAGGUAGUUGAAGGCAUCAUCCACCCUGAUGCCAGGCUGGUAGACAAACUACAGUAAAUCCAAUGAAGACUUCACCAAGGGGUCAAGAUAGUUGAGGAUCACCCUCUUGAGGGUCAUCAUCAAGUGUCAUGUUAACUCUGCAGACCUGUAACCUAAAGCUGUUGAAGUCUUUAGGUUGUGGGGUCUCAGGCACCAGUACCAAACAGGAGGUCUUCCACAGCUGUUUUACUCUCCCCUUUCUCAGACAAAUAUUAAAGAUGUGUCCCUGUAUGGCACACAGCUGAACUGUGCUGUACUUUAGGAAUCUUCCAGGUGUGUUGACUUUUCCUUGCCGGUCUCCCACAACUCUUUCUCCUCAUUUCUAUUCAAGCUGCUGCCACUGUGGCUGGAUUAUUGGCUUUGGCCAGUGCUAUCAGCUCAUCCCUGGUAUAAACUGCAUGUUGCCACCUGUCUUCUCCAAAAACAAAUUCCGAAUGUAAAAACAAUGAGCAACAAAAUUACCAGAAAACAUUUUGUUCAGUCUUAUCAAACACAUAUUGCAAAAAGACUGGGACAUACACACACACACUAUACUCCACAAAGAGAGAACCCCAAUGGGUCUGAUGCAUGUGGCAAAAGAUGUUCCAUCAAGUCCCACUUGAAAAAACAAACAAACAUGAGAAUCCACACUUCAGACCAACUGCUUAAUUAAAGAGGUUGUGAUGUAAGAUUUAAUAAAUAUUCAUUAUCAAACUAACAUGAUAAUGAACGCAAAAGAGCUCUUUAGUUGUUGCUUGGGAUAAAGGUUUUUCUCUUGAUUCAGCUUAUCCCUUGUGGGGUCACGAGGGGUGCUGGUACCUAUCUCCAGCUGUCAACUGGCGAGAGGUAGGGUACACCCUGGACAGGUCGUCAGUCUAUCGCAGGGCAAGCUUUAGACAUAAAAGCAUAAAAUAUGAUUCAGACAUAAAAUAUCUGCAAUCCUGGGCCUUUUAAGUGAAAAGUGAUUCUUGAGUUUUUUAGCUUUUCCCCACAUUGUGGUUUGGAAAAAUUCCUUUCAUUUCUCCCCAUCGAGCUGCAUCUGAUCACGUCCAUAAUCACUCAGUGAACAGCAGUCUUUUCACGACACAUUGUGGCCCUUUUAUGCUGUGUUGAGCCCUGCUAUCAAGAAGGGAAAAGGGGAGUAAACACGAGCCAGAAAAAAACAGAAAUGGCAACACUAGCUAAAUGGUCAGAGUAGGGUGGCGUUGACUAAAGUGGAGCAAGAGGGGAGAGGGUUUUUAGUGAUUCUGGUGGAGCACAUAUGAGCUCACUUUUUUUAUAUAUAAUCUUUUUUCAAAACAUGUUUUUCCUCUUUCGCUUUUUACCCAGUUGGAGAUUUUGGCUUUUGAGGUUUUUAUUGCUUGGUUUUAUGUAUCUGCUAUUUCAUUAUUAUUGUGCUUUUGCUCUGUGUUUUGUUCUUUUAUGUUCUGAAUUAUUUGGUUUUUGAGACCUGAAGAACACUUUGCCCAACCGAGUUGUAUCUUAAAGUGCUUUAUUAAUAAAGAUGUCGAAUUGAGUCAGACUUCAUUUUGAUUUGUCUUGGAUAAAGAUUAGAAAAUCUAAAUCAAUGGAAAUAUGUCAUGCAGUUUAAUUCAGAAAUCCUGAAAAUUGAACCUAGUUAUAAUUUAUUGCUAAUUAUAGACACUUCAAGCAUUCUUAUUAGAAAUAUAUAUCCCCUACUGUAGUUUUAUUUUUGGCAUAUUUGAACCUGUAACCAUUAUAGUAAAACAAGGUAAGGUGUAAAUCACAGGAAUGAAGAAAAAUCAUUUAAAUAGUUUAACCUGUUCUAUUAACUUUUACUUGCUGCACUGCGAGACAAUGAUAUUUUAUGUAUAGUCUUUACCUUAACAUUAGAUGAGCAUGUUUUUAAAUAAAUAGGAAUGUCCCUCUUUUUGGCCCUUUUUUACAUCAGCAUUGGAGAGGUCAAGAACCGGAGAAAAUGUUACAUUUGCAGGAAUAUGUGACAACUACGUUAGACCACAGUUUAGUGCAGCUUAGACUGUCCAACCCUUUACUUACCCCAGCCAAGCAACUGAUCUCCUGAAAACUCAAAAUGUUUAUUACACAAGCAUCAGCAGUCAUGGAUUAGUUCUUUGAGCAACAUGGAACCAACAUAAAGACAAAAACACACCAACCAUGGUCAAAAUGUAAUAAUUAAACAAGUCAGACAGAGUGGCUGUCUGACUCCACAGACAGCCACAGGCUAGCACAAGUUGGCUAAAAGUCCUCGCUACUUUUUCUGCUUUAUCUUUUACUCACGUUGCUUCCCCACUGAAGAGCUCCGGGGCCCCCAGGGGAGGCACUCCUCACACUAUGAAAGCCCUUCUCUCUACGCAUUAAUGCUCUUGAAAAUGCCGCCUCCGCUUUAUUUACGUUGCUCUGCAGCCAGUCAGUGAGCCAGCAUUGACGACCACCUGCAGGGGACUUAAGCGGCGCGACAUGGUGAGUGAUGCAUUAAUCACACAACGCUUUUAAUGGUCAAUUUUCUCGAUUAGUUGUUGAAGCUCUUUUUUCUUUUCUUUUUUCGUUACAGUUUUCAUCAACAAAUGUAUAUCUUUUCUUUUCCUUACAUAUUUCUGCCUCCUGUUUUUCAGCCUUCUGCUUUUCCACUUCCUGAUUUUUAGCCUCCUUUUUUUAUCCACCUCAUCUUUUUAUGCCUGGUGUUUAACCGUAUGUCAUUAAACAGGAAAGAGCAGGAUCCAUGUGCAGAUCAA